UUAAGAAGGGGUUGGAGGUAAGACAAUCAUUCACGUCUAGAUUACUGAGUGUUUAAAGAGACAGUAGGCUCUGGAGAGGUGAUAGGUCUGCCAUUUCCAAGAUAUAGAGAGAUUAACUGGAUGCACUCACCUUUAACCUUGCAAGGAUUUCUAAAGAGAACUCAGAAUUCUUGAAUUGUCCUGGACUUUGAGACAAGGUAAUCGUCCUGAAGCUGGGCUCAAGUGACCUAUCUCUGAGGCUAGAAGCAGCCUGUGCCAUAUGACCCAAUCCAACAACGAAUUGCCUUUGCCUAUAUCAGUUAAUGAGUAGACUUUGGACCCGAAAGACAGUUAAAACUCCCGGCAGCUAAGGAGAGGACCCAUUUCCUCCUUGGAUUAUCAAGCAAAAGCAGCUAACAUGAAAGGCUUCCUGCUUCUCUUUCUCUGUCUCCUUUUGGGGACCUCGGGACUGACUCAGUCGUCUGGUGGUGCCAGCUCUCCCACCACAGCACCGACUAAGCCCACCAUUAGUUCAUCUCAGACCUCUACGACAGCUCCGCCUCCUGGUGGUGCCAGCUCUCCCACCACAGCACCGACUAAGCCCACCACUAGUUCAUCUCAGACCUCUACGACAGCUCCGCCUCCUGGUGGUGCCAGCUCUCCCACCACAGCACCGACUAAGCCCACCACUAGUUCAUCUCAGACCUCUACGACAGCUCCGCCUCCUGGUGGUGCCAGCUCUCCCACCACAGCACCGACUAAGCCCACCGGUAGUUCAUCUCAGACCUCUACGACAGCUCCGCCUCCUGGUGGUGCCAGCUCUCCCACCACAGCACCGACUAAGCCCACCACUAGUUCAUCUCAGACCUCUACGACAGCUCCGCCUCCUGGUGGUGCCAGCUCUCCCACCACAGCACCGACUAAGCCCACCACUAGUUCAUCUCAGACCUCUACGACAGCUCCGCCUCCUGGUGGUGCCAGCUCUCCCACCACAGUACCGACUAAGCCCACCGGUAGUUCAUCUCAGACCUCUACGGCAGCUCCACCUCCUGGUGGUGCCAGCUCUCCCGCCACAGCACCGACUAAGCCCACCGGUAGUUCAUCUCAGACCUCUACGACAGCUCCGCCUCCUGGUGGUGCCAGCUCUCCCGCCACAGCACCGACUAAGCCCACCGGUAGUUCAUCUCAGACCUCUGGGGCAACUCAGCCUCCUGGUGGUGCCAGCUCUCCCACAGUGACUAGCAGCAGUAGCACAGGUUCCAAUGAUCCUUGCAACUCUAACCCCUGUAAAUCACCUGCUUCUUGUGUCAAGCUGUAUGACAGCUACUUCUGCUUGUGUUUAGAAGGCUACUACUACAACAAUUCUUCGUCAUGUGUGAAAGGAACGACAUUCCCUGGAGAGAUUGGCAUGAGCGUAACUGAAACAGCUGACUUGGAAGAUAAAAACUCUGUGAACUAUCAAAGUUUGCACAGCAGUGUUGUUAAUUUUUUUGAAAACACGUUUAAGAAGACUGACUAUGGACAGACUGUGAUUCUUAAAGUGAGCAAAGACUCUUUAAUGUCAUCAAGAUCUGUGAUGCGUGCUGCUACGAAGACAGUCUAUGUAUCAGUAGUAAAUAUGUUUGGAGAAAGCACAACGGAGGAUGAAAAGAGUGUAGCUUCUGUGAUCGAGGAGGCAGUUAAGACGAAUAGCAAGGUGCAAAGCUAUUCCCAACAAGAUCGGUGUGAUUAUUAUGGCUGUGUGAAGAGUGGCAGCAAUGUUUGCCGGAAUGGUUUACAAUGCACGUGCAAACCUGGGCUAGAGAGACUGAACCCGCAGGUUCCUUUUUGUGUUGCUCCAACAUGUUCUGAGCCCUGCAGUGCAGAGAAGAAGCAGCUAUGCUUAAAGAAGGAUAAUGGAGCGAUGGAGUGUGGGUGCAUGGCAGGCUACCGGAAGGCGAACGGGAAAUGUGAAGAGUGUCCUUUUGGCUACAGCGGGAUGGAUUGCAAAGACCAAUUUCAGCUGAUCCUCACCAUUGUGGGAACCAUUGCUGGAGCUUUCAUCCUCAUCUUGCUAAUUGUUUUUAUCGUCUCCAUGAGGUCAAAGAACAAAAAGAAGAGUGGAGAAGAGCAGAAUCUGAUUGAGGAUGACUUUCAUAACCUGCGAAUGAGGCCAACCGGCUUCUCCAACUUCGGAGCAGACACCAGCAUCUUCCCCAAAGUCAAAACAGGGGUCCCGAGUCAGACCUCUAAUCCCUACGCAAACCACCGAAGCAUGCCUCGCCCUGACUACUAGAAUGAUAAGAAUUUGGAACCUUCCCUAGCCCAGCUCACAUGGUGAUCUUAAGGACAAGGAGAAAUGGACAGAGACAAAGGUUUGACCUCCAGCGUUCCUCUGCUCCGUUUGCUUCAACCUGUGUGAAGAACGCAGCUUGCUGAAGAUACAACUAUCAAAUUAAAUGCACAUGGACACUAUGAGCCUUUCUUUGUAAGAGUUGAUUUUCUCCAGUUAGUACAGAACACUACAGCGGGGAUUGGUGUGGGGAUUUUCUUUCCUGGUGGGCCAACGGUUAGUGUUUCCAAUCCAGAGGGAGCACCCUCAUAGCUCAUCCCUGAGCAGUGCCACUCCUGAGCUCUGGACUCUGGCUACCCUUGAACAGUCAGCUGCCUGUGAUAGGGCCUCACUCCAAGGAGACAGGCAAGAGACAGAAACAUCUCCCAGCUUUCUCAGGAGGACUGUGGGGACCCAGGUACCUUCAGAUGAGAAUAAGGAGGCUUGGACUAGCUCUAUCUUCUGUGGGAACGUUCAAGUCUUUGACAUGUUAGUUGGUAGGAAAAGCAGGGAGGAAAAACAUGAGCACAGGUAGUAGAGAGAGACCAAGGAAGCUAUGCUGGGAGGCUGAGGGAGGGAGAAGGUAGCAGGUAGCAUCUUCUCCCUUGAUGAAGUCCCUCCUCAGGCAGCAAAUGGGUGCUCUCGGGCGCCGCCAUCACCAAGACAUAGAUCCCGAGAAACCCAUAAAAGCAGGAGUCAGUGUGAAGCCACUGUGACAGCACAGGCAUUCUGUCUAGGACUCUGUCAGAGGGGCCGGGUGUUGUCCACUCAAUGACGCUUCACUGGGCCUCAGCCUGCUCCAUAAUGGAAGCUUAGCAGUGGCCACCAACAUGUACACACACACACACACACACACACACACACACACACACAACCACGUGCGCACACACAGGAUAGAUACACCCAUCAUCUGUCUUCUUAAAUGUUUAUUGUGCCUUUGUGUCUGUCUGAUGUCCGGUCUUCUUGAAGGGUAUUUUUAUUUGUUAUUAUUUGUUCUUGACUGUUCAUUGUGGAAGCCAAUGAUAUAAUAAAAUGUCUUUGGUA